AUGCAUCCUAAAAUAAGUUCCUUCCCGAAUAGGAAGUUUUAUCAUAAGCAAAUCCUGGAUGCAGAAAAUGUGACAAGUAAGAGUCAUGGAAAGCAAUAUCUUUCAGGACAGAUGUUUGGUUCAUAUUCAUUUAUAAAUAUUGUUGGUGGAAAAGAAGAAGGUGAUGAUGUUGGGAGCAAAAGAAACAUGGUUGAGGUGUCUAUUGUGGUUAAGAUAGUGCAGAAGCUUUAUAAAGCAUGGCACCAGUCCAAGAAAAAGGUUAGCAUUGGUGUUGUAUCUCCCUAUACUGCACAAGUUGUAUCGAUUGAAGAGAAAAUUCGUUACAAGUAUGAGAAACAUGAUGGAUUUUCAGUAACUGUAAAGUCAAUUGAUGGGUUUCAAGGUGGAGAAGAAGACAUUAUAAUUUUAUCUACUGUAAGAUCAAAUAGCCAUGGGAAUGUUGGAUUCAUGUCUAGUCCUCAAAGGACUAAUGUUGCCUUGACCAGAGCACGGCAUUGUCUCUGGAUAUUGGGGAAUGAAAGAACCCUGGCUCGUAGUGACUCAAUAUGGAAGGAUUUAGUGUGUGAUGCAAAGAAUCGCCAUUGUUUGUUUGAUGCUAAUGCUGAUAAAUGCUUGAAGAAGAUAAUAAUAAAUGCAAAGAAAGAGAUAGAACCACUUAAUGAUAUGGUUAAGGGGAAUAGCUUACUUCUUAAACAUGUAAAAUGGAAGAUUCUCUUCAGCGAUAAUUUCAGAAAGUCAUUUGGAAAACUGUCAGAUUCUCGCAUGAAGAAUGUAGUUGUAGAUUUUCUACAAAAACUUUCUGGUGGAUGGAGGCCUAAUGAUGGAAACAUAGAUUGUAAAACACCAUCAAAGGUAUUGAAAACAUAUAAGGUUGAAGGGCUCCACCUUAUUUGCACGAUUGAUAUCAUCAAGGAGUUGAAGUACAUACAAGUUCUGAAGGUUUGGGAUAUAUUACCUAUAAAGGAGAUUCCAAAACUGAGAAAACAACUUGACAGCAUGUUUGCUACAUACACUGAAGCUUAUAUGAAUCGUUGUGCAACAAAAUGUUUGGAGGGAAACUUGGAAAUUCCUAAGAGUUGGGCAACAUCAAAAGCAAUUAUCCAAUUUCAAGAUGUAAUAAAAUGUGAAGGUGCCAAUGAAGUGAGUGAAAGCUUGUUGCAUAUGAAGUUCUACUCCUUAUCACCUGGGAUGGUGGAAUAUUUGCGUUUUGGUAGAGAAAUUGAUCUACCUGUGAAUCUCUCUGAUGAACAAAUGGACAUAUUUUUGUAUUCCAAAAGUUCAUGUAUUAUUGGGCAAUCAGGAACAGGCAAAACCACUAUAUUGACAAUGAAGUUGUUACAAAAUGAGCAGUCUUUUCUUGCUAUUUGUGAAGCAGAGAGAAGCCGAGUUAAAGAUGCUGAAGUUGUUGAUGAUCAUGAAGAAAGCAAACCGACUGUUUUGCGACAGCUUUUUGUGACAGUUGACCCAAAAUCAUGCUAUGUGGUGAAGCAACAUGUUUCCCAAUUUAAAAGUGUUUCAUGUGAUGGGAAUUCAUCAAGAGAGAUUAAUCUUGAUGAUGUAGAUAUAACAUCAGAAUCUGAUGUGCCAGACACAUUCAUUGAUGUUCCUGAGAAAAGUUAUCCUCUUGUGAUAACAUUUCAUAAGUUUCUGAUGAUGUUGGAUGAAACAUUGGGCGAUUCAUUCUUUACAAGAUUUCAUGUGGCAAGAGAAGGCUCUCAUGGUAACCAUAUAAGUUCAAGAUCUGUUGCAUUGCAAACUUUCAUAAGAUCAAGAAACGUUACAUUUGACAGAUUUUGUUCACUCUACUGGCCUGACUUUGAAUCAAGUUUGACAAAGAACCUUGAUCCAUCUAGAGUGUUCACUGAAAUAAUUUCUCAAAUAAAAGGAAGCUUGCCAGCAGGAGAAAAUUUUGAUGGCAAACUGAGCUAUGAAGGUUACUCUUUAUUGUCCGAAGGUUGUGCAUCCACUUUAACAAAACAGAAAAGAGACACUAUAAGUUCCCUCUUUGAAGCCUAUGAAAAGAUGAAAGCUGAACGUGGGGAUUUCGAUUUGGGAGAUUUAGUAAAUGAUCUUCAUCAUCGACUUAAAACCAGGGGUUAUGAAGGCGACCAAAUGGAUUUUAUAUACAUUGAUGAAGUGCAAGAUCUUAGUAUGAGGCAGAUUUCUCUUUUCAAAUAUAUUUGCCAAAAUGUUGAUGAAGGCUUUCAUUUUGCUGGUAAUACUGCACUGAACAUUGCAAGGGGGGUUGAUUUUAGAUUUAAAGAUAUACAAUCUAUGUUCUAUAAAGAGCUUUUAAGGACCAUAUCAACCGAAAAACAAGAGAAAGCUAAUGUAUUGGAGAUUUUGCAACUAAAACAGAACUCCAGAACUCAUAUUGGUGUGCUCCAAUUAGCUCAGAGUGUUAUUUACAUUCUAUACUCUUACUUUGCUCACUCAAUUGAUAUUUUGGAGCCUGAGACUAGUUUUAUUUCUGGGCAAGCUCCUGUUUUACUCAAGUCUGGCAAUGAUAAAAAUGGGAUUGUGACAAUCUUUGGCAACACAGGAACUAGUGAAAAAACUGUUAGCUUUGGUGCUGAACAGGUGAUAUUGGUUCGCGAUGAAUGUGCAAAGACUGAGGUUUGUAAAGAUAUUGGAAAUCAGGCUCUUGUUCUCACUAUAGCAGAGUGCAAGGGUCUUGAGUUCCAGGAUGUCUUGCUAUACAACUUUUUUGGAUCAUCCCCUUUGAAAGACCAGUGGAGUGUUAUAUAUGGAUACAUGAAAGAACACGAUUGGCUUGAUGAGAAACUUCCUCAUUCUUUCCCGAGCUUCAAGGAAUCGAAACAUAAUGCCUUGUGUGAUGAAUUGAAACAACUGUACGUUGCUAUAACUCGGACAAGACAAAGGUUAUGGAUAUGUGAGAACAAAGAGGAGCUCUCCAAACCAAUGUUUGACUACUGGAAAAAGAGGGGCCUUGUGCAAGUAAGGAAGCUGAAUGAUUCAGUAGAACAAGCAACGGGAUGUGCAAGCAGCCCUCAGGAAUGGCUGGAGCGUGGUAAAAAGCUUUUCUAUGAGAACAUAUUUGAUAUGGCAACAAUGUGCUUCAAAAGAGCUGGAGACUUGAAGUGGGAGACAAUGGCCAAGGCUUUUGGUCGUAGAAAAUCUGCUGAAGAAAUUCGUGGAAAAAAUCCUGAAAAAGCUUCAUGUUAUCUUAGAGAAGCUGCAAAAAUGUUCGAGUCUAUUAGGAAACUUGAGCUAGCAGCUAAAUGUUAUUGUGAUUUGGGAGAGUAUGAAAGAGCUGGAAAAAUUUAUCUGGAUAAGUGUGGGGACAUUAAUGCAGCAGCAGAGUGUUUCAUGCUAGCUGGAUGUUAUAGCGAUGCAGCUGAAGCUUAUGCCAAGGGACAUCAGUUUUCUAACUGUUUGUCGGUUUGCAGAAAAGGGGAACUUUUUGAUAAAAGCUUGAAGUAUGUAGAAUAUUGGAAUGAGCAUGUUCAUGUUCAAAGUAGAGAAAUCGAUAAAAACGAGCAAGAUUUUCUGGAGGGUUGUGCUCUUUAUUACUACGAGCCCAUAGAUCAUAAAUCCAUGAUGAAGUUUGUCAGAGCCUUUCGUUCUAUGGAAUCAAAACGUGUUUUCUUAAGGUGGUUAGGCUGCCUUGAUGAUCUUAUGUUGUUGGAAGAAGAAUCAGGACAUUUCCUUGAUGCUGCUGAGCUUGCAGGGUCAUGGGGUGAUGUUCUGAAAGAGGCUGAUCUUUUGGAGAAGGCUUCUCAUUUUGAGGAAGCAACAUUGCUCAUACUUUGGUAUGUGUUCUCUAACUCAUUAUGGGGAAACAGAAACAUAGGUUGGCCAUUGAAGCAUUUUUCUCAGAAGAAUGAACUUUGUAAGAAAGCAAAGUCACUUGCAAAAAUGGAUUCGGACAAUUUGUAUGAUUUUGUUUGUAGUGAAAUUGAAGUACUCACUACUCAACAGAGUAGCAUGUCUAAGCUGAAGAAGCAUUUAGAUGCUUCUCAACAACACAAGAGUCUGAGGGGAGAAAUCUUAUCGAUCAGAAAGAUUUUGGAUGCUCAUCUCCAGUUGGAUAUUGUAAACUAUGUCUGGGAGGAUGAGUUACCCUCUGAUAUUAGUAAGUAUGUAGAGGACAAGAUCCCUCAGAAUCAAGUUUCUGUUAGAACUCUGGUUUUUUAUUUUAAUCUCUGGAAGAACAACGUAAUGGAUAUCUUCCAGAGUCUUGGAGGUCUUGAGAAUGCAGAAGCAAAUCAGCAUGAGGGUCAUGUUGAUUUCUGUUUAAAUUAUUUUGGUGUGAGGAAACAGUAUGUAAAAGGAAACAUUGUUUACUUGUUAGUCAACAAGGAUUUUGAUUGGGUAAGAAAUGUUGGUGAUGACAAGGGGCUUCAUAGGGAUGGAAAGAUUCUAACUUUGGAUAGCAAGCAGUUGGGGAUUGCUAUUCGGUCAUAUUGGCAGUCAGAUUUACUUUCUGUGGGUGUAAUGGUGCUUGAAACUCUUCAAUCACUCUAUAAGUCGACUCUAAAUGGUUCUUCAUUCCACCAAAGCACAUCUCUUCUUCACAUUUUUGAGGUAUCCAAGUUUCUUUUAGACUGUCCGUAUCUCAACCUCACAGUUGAUCAUAUGAAGACUCUGCAAGUUUUUCUUGGAAGCUCUAUGAUUUAUUUUGACCAUGUGUUUCCAUUAGACUGGCGAAAAUCAGUCUCUUGGAACUUGAUUUCCUUAAGGGAGAGUGAUCUUUCGCUGAACUUGCUAGAGGAAGUUAUUCUUCAGUACCUCAACAUCGAAAGUGACCUCACUUAUUGGACAAUUGGGAGAGUGAUGAUGAUAUGUCUUAAUUCCAGAAAAUCUUUUGCACUUCAUGAUGAGAAGAUUAUCAGGGGCCUUCAAUGGAAUCCCUUAUGGAAGUCAUUUGUUGAGAAAUUUCAGGAAGGUGGCUUCAAUGAUGUUUAUGUUGCUCCAUCACUCCAUAAUGCUAUGGUAGAUACUUAUAGAGCUUACUGGAUGUUUCCUGGCGACAUAUCACCUCACAGUUUUGUAUAUCUCUUGGAUCGUCUUCUAUUCAUGGCAUCUUUCUCCUCAGGAGUCUUUUUCACAACAAAAUCUUCUUUUGUUGAAUGGUAUACACAUCUUCACACAACGUGUACUCCAAAUACAACUUUCUCAGAUUCCAAACAGAUCUUUUCGAAGGAUAUCACAGACUUUCUUGUUGGAAUAGUUCAGCAUAUUCUAUACAAAAAAGAGGAAACCAUAUCAUGGAUUGAACGAUCGAACAUUGUUUAUUUGAUUUGCUGUUGGGGUGGAACAACAUUUGCUUAUUUGCUUCCCAAGAAGUUUGUAGGUGAUCUUCUAAGGAGAAGAAACGGUUGUAUCUUGAAUUUAAAUCCAGAUACGGUUGCAGAAGCAUUUGCAAGCAUUGAGGAUCCUCUUCUAAUUGUGAGUUCGGAUAAUGCAACUCCAAGAGUCCAUGCUCCACGUGCAAUAUUUGUGGACCUUAAGAGACCUAGAGAAGAGAUCAUGAGUGUAUUGUUCCCAGGUGAAUUUACAGUUAAUGGCCAGAAAGACAAAGCUACAAUGAUAACUGAGGCUCUUCGAGAGGCGAAUCAUGUUGAGGAAACUGGUGAUGAACAUAGCAAUGGUGAUCAUUCACUGGUGGAAUCAAUUCUAGAAAAACAAAGCAGCAAUGAGAACAUGCAGGGUGCUGAAAUCAAGAAAGGGCGACAAAGAACAAGGGGGAGGAGGGGUAAAAAUAACAAAGCAUGCAAUGACCAGAAGCAGCUUUCUUCUCCAUCUGACAAGAGUCAUCGUGAAGUGGAGCUUUCAGUUUCUAAGAGUCAUGAAAAGGCGACUGUGCAAAUCCAUGAGUGGCUGCAAAGUAGCAGACCAAUGGUAGAUUGCAGCAACAUGUGUGAGGUUCUUCAUGAGGAGAAUCAUGUUGAGGAAACUUGUGAUGAACAUAGCAAUGGUGAUCAUUCACUGUAUGAACCGGAGGUGGAAAAACAAAACAUUAACAAUAACACUCAGCAUUUAGGAAGCAAGAUAGGGAUGGGAAAUAACGAAAGGAAGAAGAGUAAAAAGAACAGAAGUAGCAACACUCAAAAUACAUUAUCUAAUGUUCUAUUGGAUGGACAAACUUGUGCCAGAGAAGGUAGAACUCUACAUGAAGCAAAAAACUCAUGGGAUGACCUUACAACUCUACACGAAGGAAACAACUCAUGGGAUGACCUUACAACUCCACCCGAAGCAAAAAACUCAUGGGAUGACCUUACAACUAAAUAUGAAGGAAACAACUCAUGGGGUGACCUUACAACUCUACCCGAAGCAAGAAACUCAUGGGAUGAUCUUACAAAUCUACAUGAAGCAAGCAAAUCAUGGGAUGAUCCUGCAACUCUACAGGAGGGAAACAACUCAUGGGAUGACAUGAAGCAGCCUUCUUACGCAUCUAAUAUGAGUCGACCCAAAGUGGAGCUUCCUGUUUCUACUAGUGGCAAAAGGAGAAAUGUCCAAGCAACGGCGGAGAGGCGGAGAAAUGAGAACACACAGGAUGCGGAAAUCAAGAAAGGGAAGGAAAAGAAUAAGGAAAAGUGGAUUAAAAACAAAUUGGUGCUAGAAAAACAAACCAACAAUAAGAACACUAAGGAUGUGGAAAUCAAGAAGAUAGGGAAGGGAAAGAACAUUGAUAAGGGGAGUAGAAAAAACAAAGGUAGUAACAGUGUAAAUUCAUUUACUAGUGAUGCACACAUCAAUGAUUAUCAUCCACAGGCGAAAAUCGUGGUAGAAAAACAAAGAAGCAAUGAAAACACUCCAGAUGCAAAAAUCCAGAAAUGGAAGGGUAAGAAUCCAAAGAACAAAGGUAGCAACAGUAUAAAUACAUUUACUACUGUUCAUGUGGAUGAACAACACUGUGUUAGAGAAGCUACAAUCCUACAGAGAGCAAACAUGUCAUGCAAUGACCUGAACCAGUCUUCUUCUGCAUCCAAGACAAGUCGACCAGAAAUGGAUCUUUUAGUUUCUAAAGGUGGUGAAACGGCUGUUAAAACAUUUGCGGAGAAGCUGCAAAGUAGCAGGCCAAUGGCAGAUGGUUUCUUUAAUUAUGUGGGUUCAGAGAGCAGCAACAUAACUGAGGCUCUUCAGGAGGAGAAUCAUGUGGAGGAUACUGAUCAUGAUGAACUCAACAUUGCUGAUCAUUCACCUCUGGAAUUGUUGUUAGAAAAACAAAGCAGCAAUGAUAACACUCAGGAUGAGGAAAACAGAAAAGGGAAAGGAGAAUACGUUGCUGAAGAAGAUACAACUCUGUUCACAUCGAAUAGCACAUGUAGUGACCUGAAACCACCAACAGAUACUCUUGAUACGGGGAUAAAAGCAUCUGAUGAGGUGAAAUGUGGUAGCAUUCUGGAUAUGGCAGCAGCAUACUUGAGAAUUCGCAGCUGGAGGAAAACUUGA